AUUGUUUGCUCGCAGGCCCAUCGAGUUCGCGCGCCAGGACGAAGGAUUGAUCCUUUCAUCCAGCACCAAUCUCUGGUUCCGAGUGCCAGUCGAAGACCCAAAGAUCACUGUGUUUGUGUAUCCCACUGUUUAUCAAAGCAAAGUAAAAUUAAAAGCCAAACAGCGCCAAAUACAAACAACGAUUUCGUUGGCGGCGAAGUAAACAAAACAUCGCAAAACGUGCGCGCCAACAAAAAAUUUAAAUAAGGGAAAAAUUCGCCAUAAAUUUUCCCGAGAACCCCCGCCCUCCCCGCAUUGCUCGUCGCCCCGCAGAAAACUGACCGCCGACGUAGAACAAAAGAAAGCGUUUUGCAAUAAACAAAAGCAGCAAGAAAAAAAACCAAACAUGGAAGUGCAGAAGCUGCCGGAUCAGUCGCUGCUCUCCAGCAUGAUGCUGGACUCCAGAUGUGGGCUGAACGACUUGUAUCCGAUUGCCCGGCUGACGCAGAAAAUGGAGGACGCCCUGACCGUCUCUGGAAAGGCAGCCGCAGGCGCCGUCGACAAGGACUGCCCCUAUACCAUCGAACUGAUCCAGCCGGAGGAUGGGGAGGCGGUGAUAGCCAUGCUCAAGACCUUUUUCUUCAAGGAUGAACCCCUGAACACGUUCCUCGAUCUCGGAGAGUGCAAGGAGCUGGAGAAGUACUCCCUGAAGCCCCUGCCCGACAACUGCUCAUACAAGGCGGUGAACAAGAAGGGCGAGAUCAUUGGUCUGUUCCUAAACGGACUGAUGAGGCGUCCGUCCCCCGAUGAUGUGCCCGAGAAGGCGGCUGACUCCUGCGAUCAUCCCAAAUUCAAGAAGAUCCUCUCGCUGAUGGACCACGUGGAGGAGCAGUUCAACAUCUUCGACGUGUACCCCGACGAGGAGCUCAUCCUGGACGGCAAGAUCCUGUCGGUGGACACCAACUACCGGGGCCUGGGCAUCGCAGGCCGCCUGACGGAGAGGGCGUACGAGUACAUGAGGGAGAACGGCAUCAAUGUGUACCACGUGCUCUGCUCCAGCCACUACUCCGCCCGGGUGAUGGAGAAGCUGGGCUUCCACGAGGUGUACCGCAUGCUGUUCGCCGACUACAAGCCAGAGGGAGAGGUGGUCUUCAAGCCGGCGGCACCGCAUUUGGGCAUCCAGGUGAUGGCCAAGGAAGUGGGUCCUGCGAAGGCGCUGCAGACGAAGCUGUAGACGAUCUGAGUUCGGAUUUUGUACUAUGUGAUUCUUUAGUUUGUAGUGCGGUGGCGGGUUCCCGGUAGUGUAUCCACGUUCGAUUCAGAGUAGUGUAAACAAACAGUACAAGUUACGUAUUUAUAUAAUUUAAUUUGCCCGUUGCGACGGUAAACUUAAGUGUUUUGUGUUUAGAACGAGCUCAAAAUAAAACAUUGUCUUUAUAACCAA